AUGAAAACCAGCGACCAUGAGGAUACUGUCGAUUCCUUCGUCAGCAGCAUAGAAGAUGUGAAUCCGUCUUCUUUCAGCAGUGAGAGCGAUCGGAUGAAAGCUCUAUUAGCAGCACAGGCUCUGUUGGUCCGACUCGAGUCGCCGUGGGACACGGCUGUGAGACUCAACAUGACUCAACCGGCUCUUGGGGCUGCUAUCAGAACGGUAAAGGAUCUGGAGUUAUUCGAGAGGUGGAACGAGCACGGAAACGGACCACUUACAAGCACACAAGCAGCGGAGAUUAUCGGAGGCAAAUGCGAUCGUGCGUUACUUUACCGGCUUCUCCGUCUUCUGGCAGCAAACCAUCUGCUAGAAGAAGUAUCACUUGGCACAUUCAAGCCUACGCAAUUUGGCGUUGCUAUCACCGCACCUGUGUUCAAUGGACUCUUCAGUAGCUACUACAAUCUCAUCCUGCCAAUCUACGCAAAACUACCAAAGUUCUUCGAAGCAACCGGGUACAAGAAUCCUGAAGACUCUAGACACUCGGGAUUUCAAUACGCGCAUGGAUGGGAUGGAGAUCUUUGGUCAUACUACCAAGCUCAUCCCAAGGAGGAGGAAGAGUUCAGCAUCAUACAACAAAGCAUUGCGGCACAACAGCCCGCGUGGACAGACAUCUACCCCGCGGACUCGCUUCUCGACACAACCCCUGAUACACCAUUGCUAGUUGACAUCGGGGGUAGCACUGGCCACGACAUUCUGAAGUUCCACGUCCUUUACCCCGAGAAAGCUUCCCGACUGUACCUGGAGGACUUGGGAUCCGUGGUAGAAAAGGCGGAGCUCCCAUCUGGCGUGAAGAAGGUGGCUUAUGAUUUCUUUAAGCCGCAGCCCAUCAAAGGUGCACGAGCAUACUUGAUGCACUCCAUACUUCAUGAUUGGUCUGAUGAACCGGCUCGGAAGAUACUUGAGAUGCAAAAGGAUGCGAUGACUCCAGGAUACAGCCGGUUACUCAUACACGACCACAUAGACGUUGAAGGCCCUGCAAACCCUCAGGCUACCGCUUUCGACAUUCAAAUGAUGGCUAUGGUAUCAGGAAAGGAGAGAUCCGAGAAGGAUUGGCGGCAGCUUCUCACAUCUGUUGGAUUCAGUGUGGUGAAAAUUUGGAAACUGCCUUCAGCGGCUCACAGUAUCAUUGAGGUUGAACUACCAGCAUGA